AGGUAUUUGUUUAAAUAAGUCUGUGUAUAUCACAAAAGUACUAUAUACAUACAUACAUAUCGCUAUACAUAUAUGCCACAAUAUCUUAUUAAAGAGCGCACUGAAUGAAAACAGCGUGAAUUAAAGUCGUGUACGCGCGAUAAGUCACAAAGGAUGUUGUAUUUCCUCUUUAUCCAAGCUGUCAAUGUGUUUGUGCAAUAUGAUUCUUUCGGCUUAUCUUAAAACACAACUAAAUUGUUUUUUCAAAAUAACUUUACAAUAAUUAUGGACUGCUCGGUAGUAGCGAAACGUAGUUCGAACCCAGUGGGUAACGGUUUAUUUGGGGCAGCAAGCCUGCAGAGUACAGUGAGAAGCAUGAAAUAGCGCUGUGCAGCAGACAGUUACUGAUGUUAUUUCAUAUAAAAAAAGCGUGACGUGUCAAAAAAAAAAAAUUCUAAAAAUAUACAGUAUUAAGCGGUAGCAACGUAACACGUGAGAACUUAACGCUAUAAAAAUGCAAUGGAUUAACAUGUUUCUAGUGUUGGUGUCGUUGAUUCAACUCAACGUCAAUGCGGCACUCAUCAACGUCAAGCCACAAUCCAAACAACAUACAAAAUUUCUAAAAUAUCAGCAACUCCAGCAACAGCAUAAAAAGUUAGUACCACACGCGGUUGAACGUGCACACAAUGAAGUGACGACAACACACCGGAUACAACGAUUGCAACGAACGGAAGUGUCCCCAUUAGAAUUGCUACAUGAACACACGCAGCAAUUGGCAAUCGACACACUACAAUGUCCGACUGGUUGUGUCUGUCAGUAUGCGCCUUUUGCCGAACUGUCCAUAUCACGUUGGAUACAGCACAUGCAAGCGCAACGACCUGGUGCGGAGCAAGUGGAAGAUAUUUGGUCGAAUGAAAGUGCGAGCAACAGCAAUGAGGCUACAUACGAAAGCGUUGAUGGCGACAAUGAUGAUGAUGCGUACUCAGAAAAUCCUUAUAUGAAACAGGCUACGUGUAUACUGCAAGAGGAGAGCGACGUGGAGGAGUUGAUACAGAAGUUGCCACACGAUUUGCAUGCAUUGAUACUGUUAUACACCAGUAGUGGUAGAAAUAAGAGCAUCAAUCUGAGCACGCUAAAGCCACUCAAUCAACUCACCACCUUGGAAGUACGCGGUGGCCUCAAUCGCUCUUUGCGCGUACUUUUCGAUCAACCGUUAAGUUUUCUGCAAUAUGCCAAUUUCGAAUCGGUCACACUGUUGGGCAGUGACGAUAACAAACGUCCGAAGAAUUCCGUGCAUCCCAAGGAUAGUUACGAUUACAAGCCGCGUAGUGAGUCGUAUGACGAUUUGGAUGCUUUGGCUUUUGCGCCACUCGACGACUAUGACGACAAUAUAGUGCCCUAUGACAUUUAUAAACAAGAAUUGAUAAAAGCACGCAUGCCCACAUUCUACGCGUGGGAGCAUUUGCAAGUGUUGCGCAUACACGGUUGUCAGCUGAACGAAUUGCGUUGGGAAAUGUUUGAUGGCCUGACCGCUUUGGAUCAUUUAUCGUUGGAACGUAAUGGCAUUACAGAGGUGCCACCGUUCUCCUUCUACGGCGCUUUGCAUAUACAAACGCUAUCGUUGGCGCAUAAUUUGAUACACGAUUUACAUUAUCGCGCUUUGGCCGGUCUGCUGGAGUUGGAAGUGUUGGAUUUGAGCGAUAAUCGUUUGGAUAAAUUGAGUGAGCGCAGUUUUCCACCCUUCCCGAAAUUGGUGCGCGUCGAUUUUCGCAGCAAUCCCAUACGAUAUAUAUUACCAGCGAGUUUCUGGGUUAUGAAUUCAACACGUUCGAUGCACUUUGAUUCGCAAACGAUGGCAUUACGCUUGAAAAACAAUCAACCGUUCGAAUCGUUGUUGGAGCUGCAGGCGUUGCAUAUUGGAAAUGUGUCGGUCGGGAAUUUGGGACAAAAUAUGUUUAAGAGCUUAACAGCGCUGGAGAAGCUGACGUUGCAUGGCAACAUACGUAGCAUCGAGUUCGACGCCUUCGCCGGUCUACAUAAGCUACGCGAACUUGAAUUGAGUCAUUGUGGCAUACAAGAGCUAUCAAUGGACGCUUUUAUCGAUUGUCGUGCGCUAGAAGUGCUGGAUUUAUCGUAUAAUAACAUCUCCUACUUUCCACCUGGCCUACUCGAUGAUCAACCAAAUUUGGAGGAAAUCUAUUUGCAAGGCAAUCGUUUGCGCACACUGCCACACACAUUCUUUCUACGUCCGAAAUUACGUUUAGCACGGCUUAGCGAAAAUCCAUGGGAAUGUAGUUGUGAGAUGUACAAUUGGCGUCCGAAGAUUACCAAUCAAGUGCGCGGUCCACGCACGAAACGUUGCAUUACCGACUAUACAACAGGUAAGCAAAUUUCAUGCCGACGUGUGGAUAGUUACGUCUAUGAGAAUCGCUAUGCGCCACGUUGCAGCAAUCAUAACGAACGUAGCGUCUUCUAUGUAAUACACAAACAAUUAAAUUGUGCGCCUGGACGUGUGGUGCUAACUAAAAAGCAACAACAUAACAGCAUAUUACCACGACCAAGUGGUAAACAGCCUGUGCCACAUUGGCGUAAAAUUGAGCAGAGCAAUUUAAAAUUGAUGCAAUACAAAAAUAAAACACAAGUGCAGGCAGUCAGAGUGACAGAUGAUCAGCGAAAAAUGCCAAAAACCGUUAUUGCAUUGACGCAGCGGAAUACAUUGACAUAUGCAAUGCAACAAGAACGCGCCAAACGUGUGGAACAUGUUGUUGCAGAAGAAGAAGAAGAAGAUAAUAAUAAUAUUUCAAAUGAUAUAUAAUAUAGGUUACAUUAAAAAAAAAUUGUAUUUGCUGUGCGCAAGCACUGACGUCAUAUGAAUUUAAAUGAAGCGCUAAGGUUUUGGUCUACAAAAAGUUGAUAGAUAAGAAGCGAACUUUGGUUAAUGUUUUAAGUUGAACAAACAGCCGAAAAAAAUGUAUUGUUAAGUUAAUAUAUUAUGAUUAGUUUGUUAUAUACAGUUAAGUAGUUUAAGCACACAAAAAUUGUAUUUAUACAAAUUUAUGACGUUUAACAUACAUAUGUAAUUUCGAAUAAACAAAUAUACGCGCACUAGCGUUAAACAAUUUUCUAAGACUUUAUCAAUUGUUGUGACCAAAAAUUUGAUAUUUUAUGUAAAAGUUGCAGGUUAAACACUUGAGAGCAAAUAAGCACAAUUUUUAGAAACAAUAUUUUUUCUUCGAUUUUAACACGUCAUUGCCUUUAAAAUGUUACGCAAAUACUCAACAUUUUAAAUCACACAAAAAUAUAUGUAAAAUUAGCAAUAUAGUUAAAAUUUUAAUAAUAAACACACAAGCGCAUGCUCAUACACAAAUUAUUGUAAUUAUUUCUUAAAAUAUAGAAUACUUAAAACAUAUAAAAUAAAGAUUUUCUUUGGAGUAA